AUGAACCAUCAACUCCACUCCUGGUGGGGGCGAGCACUUUUUGGCCUGAAGCCACUGUCAAAGACUGACAAGGAAGUCGUGGUCCAAUUUCACUGGCUAAAGCGGCCAGUCUUUAAACCGAAGGACCCAAUUGAUGCCGACUGCUUCGUCGAAGCUGUGCGUGAUCCGGCCUGGGGCUCACCUAUGGCUUUCCGCGAGAGUGGCCUGCCCCUCGAAACAGGCCAGACAUUCACCAUCACCGCAGACAAGGAAGAAGACCUGCCAAGUUUAGAACUCCUCGGACUCCAGUGGAAUCUGUUGCGCAUCGCAGCUAUGUCUGGCGCGGGGGAGGCAUCCGACGAGGACUACGCCGAUGACUAUGACGAUUAUUUGAACAAAUUUGAUGAGUUUGUGCACGAGUCCGAGGAGGACACGUCUUGGGACGAUGUCCAAUUUUGGGUGGACAACAAGAGACGUCAGGGUGCCGACCGGAUUGGCAGACGACGUCGGCGAGGAGGCGCUGGCGGCCAGAUCGGAGAUGGAGAAGGCGGCUGCCAUAGGAUUGUGCUGAAGCAUUGGCUGACACGGGACGACGAGUAG